AUGGCCGAUGGAUGUGAUUCCAGAAACACAGGCAUUGCGGGUGCCCUGAAGGCAAGCGAGGCAAUUACCCUACCUAGGAAAAACUGGAAAGUAUCUGAGAGAGAACAUCACCGAACCUUCAUCAUGUCACAGGCUGUGAUGUUAGAUGCGCUGACGGUGGAUGUUUAUCACAAUCUUGAAGGCAUCAAAGAUCAUGGUCUUGAUGUUAACUUUACUGCUUUGAGAUACAAGACGCUAUAUGUGAUCGGCCGUAGACAAUAUGCUACAAAACCGGAGGGCGCGGUCACCGUUGGGCCCAGAACUGAGCACUUGCCGAUUAUAUCGUAUACCGGGUGGUAUGAGAGACAAACGUGGAACGAGUUCCUAGGAGAGACCCUCAGCGUAAUGCUGGGGCAGCUUGCCCAGAAUAUGACCGUUCGCACAGGCAAAGCAGGUGUUCAAGACCAAGAGGUCUUCGUGGUUGGGUUUCAUGGGCCUCAAUUUCAUAUCGCUCGAACAUUAUUCGCCGCUGAUUUAGUUGCCAGAGUACAUCCAAGAGGGUGUUCAAACAACGAAGUUAUUGAACUGCAAUUCACUCGGGGCUAUGAUCUCUCUCUGAAGAAAGAUUGGCUCGAAGCCACACGUGCUUUGGCGAGGCUGUUUCGAUAUCUGCUAUGUGGGCGUGCAAAGGUUGCUGCGGUACAGGGCUACUUGAACAGGCCAGCUAAGACAGCAGAGAAAAGUAUGUAG